CCAGGCUGCAGCAAGUGGUCCUCACAAAUAAAUCGAAACCCAUUUCAUGUUCAGAUAUUGCAUUCUUCUUCGCCUACCUACUGUACCUACUACUCUCUUCAGUGCUGCCUGGAGUCGCACCUCGACUGAGAACCCGGCGACCGAACCGGAAACCGAAUCUGAUAUCAUCAUCGCACGCCAUCAUCUACGUGCCACUUGUCACUGUCACUGGCAGCCUGAGUGUACUGUACGCUCCGACCAAUAAUCGACUCCGGUUCACACUGCAGCGGCGGGUACCACUAGCCACGCGGCGUGCAAGUGCCAGGCGGCAAAUCGAAUCAAAUCUGAUCAGAUUAAAUCAGCCCUCAUCAGAUUACGAUUACAAUAAAAUCAGAUCAACAUCAACACUGCAUCAAUCUACAACUAUCAACGCCGGUCCUCUUCCGCUGUACUGCAGUGAGGUCACAGGUCGGAUCUUGUGUUUCGAGUCAGGGCAGUGUACUAUACCUACCUACUGUCUUGCGGAGAAGAUACGGCGACACUGCACGGAGACAGGAUUGACGAUACGACAGGAUUGACGAUCAAUCGCUUCAUUGCAUUUAUAUCCCCAGUUCCGGUCAGGGCUGCACUGUAUUCGAAGGAUAGAGGCUGCGCUAUCUAAUCAAUCACCGGAGGGAUACUCUACAUCCAGAUACAGACAACAAGUGUUGCAUACAAAAUGUCACUCUUUCGCAGCGUGAAAUCGCUCAUCCACCGCAACCACUCCGACGGUGCCGAAGGGGAGUCCGGUUUCCGCACAGCAAAAACAGAAACCGAACUCUUCCCCCCAACACGGCCCGAAGUCGACGGCGAAGAAUGUCUACACGACUGCACAAGUUGCACGACACACUAUCCAGCGAAGUUCUCAAUUGACGAAAGCGACAAGCUGUACGGCCACGUCAAGGGUUGGAACACGCAUUUGAUCGUCGGUACAGGCAAAACCGACUGGGUGCGCGACGUGACGGACGAAAAGGGAUCUGUGAUGCAGGCUGUCGGUAAAGCCGGCCUGGACCGCAAGAACGGCAAGAUCAUGUUGAGUGCGAGUAAUUUGCCUCCAAGUCUUGAUCAUGACCAUCAUCAUGAUGAGGAUGUCGAGCCCGGCACCAGUGAUUGUUUGUUGUUGCCUGCUUGGGUGGUUAUCGAAAAGGUCGCGCCGAGUAAAGUCGAGACGUUGCUCAGGGAGGUGGUGGAGCAGAGUCCGACGAAUACUACGCCGUUGAGAAGAGAACAGCCCCAACAUCAACAGAGUGGUGUUGGUGUGACCCCUAGUACUGCCAAUGGACAUGUGUCGGCAGGAAAUGAAGAAGUCCAUGAACAGCAGCAACACAAACAACAAGAGGAUGUGGACGUUGACGUUUCGAAACUACAUAUCAACGACUCCCUCGAACCCAGAUCGCUGCCGGCCACGGUUUCUUCCAACUUUAGGAUCAGGCCUAUUCCCCACGAUUACUUGAUUCUCAUGUGCAGCCACAAAACCCGCGACGCCCGCUGUGGCCAGUCGGCUCCCCUGCUGCGCAAGGAGUUUGAACGCAUCCUCCGUCCUAUGGGCCUGUACCGCGAUUUCCAUGACGAUCGGCCCGGUGGGGUGGGUAUCUAUUUCAUUAAUCAUGUUGGUGGGCACAAGUAUAGUGCCAACGUGCUGAUUUAUCGACGCGCAACUGCGAAUGCAGGAGGCCAGAGGCCGAGUCAGAAUGCGAACAACGACAGGAAUAUCGACAAGGACAAGGGCAAGGUUGACAGCAACAGCAACCCGGGGUCCGAGGGGGAGGCUGCCGCCAUUCCAAAAGAAGCCGUCCAGCUGAUUUGGUUGGCUAGGGUUAGGCCCGAGGACUGUGAGAAUAUCGUUCGGUAUACGAUUCUGCAGGGCAAGGUGGUUAAGCCGAAGAGUCAGUUGAGGGCUGGCUUUGAUCGGGAAAAGUGUUUGGUUUCGUGGUGAUCGUUGAAACUAAAAUAAAAGGAGACGAGGGAGUAGCUCGGGCGGACUGGCUGACAAUGGUUGACUGACUGACUAGACAAGAGGCUGAUGGUGGAAAGGGACGUGGUUUUUAUGGUUCUUGAGCGAUAGAUUGUCACAUACGAAGCAUGAUACACUGGCAGUAGAUGGGAAAAUUGAAUUGCUAAUGGUCCAACGGAUGCCUGCUAUGUAGGGUACUCAAAACACCGGAGGUACAAGUACAAGUAGAUGUUGCGCAUGCGUACAUGCAUCGGGUUAUAGAAAGAUGACGAUGAAAACAACAAACGACAACGAUAACAGCCACUCUGGCCGAGGGAAAUCGGUAUCUGUAUGAUAUUGCGAGGGUAGUGUUGCAAGUAGCAUGUCACUGCUGAAGGAGAGU